UAUACUUAGUCCCUCAUUAGAAAUGACAAACUAUUUGAUUCAGGCUUUCGGAAAUAUGCUAAAUUCAAAACUAUAAAAAAAAAUAAUUCAGAAAUAUCAGAAAAGAAAACAACACCAAAAAAAUAUAAUAAUACAGAUAAUCUUUGGUUCAAAUUAAAAAUUUUACAAGAAGAGCGCCCAUUCCUCAAGAAGAAAGAAGAAACAAAUAAGAAAAAAGAAAGAAAUUUGUAUAUAUAUAUAUAUAUACUUAUAUUUAUGCAUAAAUAUUUAUAUAUAUAUGUAUAUAGAAGAUAAUCGUUUAGAAUCUAAUCGAGGGCCGAAUACAAAAGAUUUCGUAUUCAAAUUUAAUUUAAUUCAGCUAACAAGCGAAUGUCUUUAGAAAGGUCGAAAUUCAUUGCGGGAGUCGGAGGCGUUGGCUCCAACGCCUUCUAUGGCUCCAUGGCCCUGGGCGCUGGCGAGGGCGCCGGUGGCCUGCUCUCCAGCGCACGGUACGGGGCGACCAUGCGACAGCCAAUAUCGAGAGAUCCCAAAUCGAAAAGUGCCAAACGACGCACCACCCACUCCAAGGCGCCGGCUAUCUCGCUCACCGCGGAGCAGUUUGCGCGACGCACAGCGCUAAUAACGAGCAAAGUCGUUGGCAGCCUGAACAGGGCAGCGAACAAUGUCAGCGCGAACAGCAAACGCCCGUACAAGAUCGGACCGCAGCAGCAGCAGCAGCAGCAACAGCAACAGCAGCAACAGCAGCAGAAGCAAAAGCAGCAACAGCAGCAGGAGGUGGCGCCCAAAAAAGCAAAUGCCACAGCUACACUCAACCAUCGCAGUUACAAUCGCAGCAAUGCGGGAGGAGCUGACGACACCAAUACCGACUCGGACUACAAGUCAGCAGGAAGCAGCAACGGCAACGGCAACGGCCACGUCUGCACCUGUCGGAGGCAUGCGCCGCGCGGACGUCGGACGCUGCGAAUGCGCGCUGAGCCGGCAAAGACGAAAUGGCUGCUGAUGCCUCAGAGCAAUUUUCGCCAGUGCAGCGAGUCCUCCUCGGAGGUGAAUCAGGCGCAGGAUCAAAAUACGACCUGCAUAAGUAGUUCCAAGCAGCCGGAGCAGGUGCCGCAGCAGAAGCAGGAGCAGCAACACACAGCGGAGAUCGCUGAGCCGAUGGCGUCCAUCGACAACAGUCAGUGCUCUGCAGCGCCAGCGUUGGCCCAACGCCAGAGCACCUCCAGCCACUCUGACUAUCAAACGACUAUGGGCGUGGCCAGCAGCAGCAGCAGCACCAGCAGCACCAGCAGCAGCAGUAGCAGCAGUAGCAGCAACAGCAACAGCAGCAGCGACAACUGGUCGAACAGCGAGACCUACGACACGCCCCGCACCUUUAAAUGCAACAGCAAGAGCCUUAAGCUAACGUCGACGGUCAUCAAAAUAAUGCCCGAGGUGCAAACGCGCACGCCAACGCGCGCACCAAUCAGGACAUCAGCCGCUAAGGCAGCAGCAAAAGCUGCCAAAGCAGCAGCAGCGGCGAAAGCAGCAAAAGCAGCAGCCGCAACAGCAGCCGCAGCAGCUGCCUCACUGAGACCCAGCUCGCCCCACUACAUGAGCAAUCGGCUGCAAAUCCGGCAACAGCAACAGCAGCAGCCACAGCAGCUGGCGACUGCAAGGCCAGCAAGGGAGCAGCAGGAGGAGCAUCGAAGGAAAGCAGGAGCAACAGCGGCGCCGGCCAGCAGAGGGUGUGCGCCGAAAAUCGUGCGAGUGGAGCAGCACAAGGUGCCCAAGACCAUUGAGGAUGGCAUCGACAUAAGCUAUCAGCAUUUUGUGUCGAAGCCUCUGGCGCGCGGCAAGAAGCCGCUGCCCAUACGCUAUCUGUACCGUCCGAUGGUGCGGCGGUUGAAUCAGGCGAAUCAGGGUGCAGGAGCGCGACAUUCGCGUCGCAGCAGCAGCAGCAAGAAGGGGCUGAGCGAGAGCAAAAGCGAGUUGCUGGACAAAACGGAGGAGCAGGAGCAGGAGUCGGGGCAGAGCCAGCAGCUGGGAACGGAACUGGAUCAGGAAACAGAGCUGGAAACCGAGUCGGAUCAACAGCUCGAGCAGGAGUCGCAGCCAGACCAAGAGCCAUCGAUGCCCAAGAUUAGCAGCGAUAACGACAUCGAUGAUGGCGAAACCGAGCAGGAGUCCGCCUUUGAUAUGCCGCCGCCAAUUGUGGUGGAUGUCAAGUAUUUGCCGCUCAUAAACCAGCUGAAGAAGCAUCCGAUGCCCGAUCAGCUGGGCCGCCGAAUUGUGCUGCAGCAGCAGCAAUCGCUGCUGGCCAACGAGCAGCGCCUGAAGCAGCAGCAGCAGCAACUGAUGCUCGAAAAGUCCGAGCUGCGACAAGCCGAGGCCGCCGAGCAGAAGGCCAAACAAAUUGAAAUGCUCAAGCAGCAACAGAAACUGAUUGAGGAGCAGCGGCAGCUGAUCGAGGCGCAGAAAAAGCAAUUGCUGGCCCACGGUAAAAAACAGGUGCAGCCACGCCCCAUGCUAAUUGAUUUCCAGCCGAAUGCGACGCGACUCAGCAGUGUUGUCGGCGCCCAUAUCUGCUAUCAUGCACCCAUACGCAUGUGCGCUGGCUCUGUGGAACCGUCCCCAAGGGCUAAUCAAACACCGUCAGCAAAAGCAAAAACAAAAGCAACAACAACAGCAACAGCAACAGCAACAGCAAAAGCAACAAGGCCAACAACAUCGAGGACAGCAGCAGCAGCUGACGUUGCUGAAAGUGAAAGUGAAGAUGAGGUUGCUGUUAAGGGUGCACGGGUAGAGGUGGAUGAGAAGGCGGUUAUAGCUGCGAUUACCUAUGAGGAUAUUGAGCCUAUUGUUAGUUCUCCUAAGACCGUUACCUUUCAGCUGGACGACGACAAGAACAACAACAACAAUAGCAGCAACAAUAGCAGCAAUAACAACACCAACAACAACACCAACAGCAUUGAUAACAACAACAGCAUCAGCAAAACCAACAGCAAUAAGAACGAGAUCAGCGACAGCGUCAGCGGCGGCAUCAGUUGCAUCAGUCAAUCCGAGAGCAUUGGAAAUGAGUCCCUGGCCAAGAAGCGGCGAAAGUGCAAGACGCGUGGCAAGAGGAAGAAUCGCAAAUAAUUGUUGCUCAGCACAUAUGUGUAUAUAUAGAUAGAGAUAAAUACCAAAAUAGAUAUAUAUAUAUAUAUAUAUAUAUUUGUA